CGUCUGGGUUUCUUUGUUAUCAGUUUUGUGGUUAUCUUGGAACGGAUGGCUGGACAAGACCCACAGCCUAUCGAGCUACAAAAUUUUACUAGUCCAGUACUUUUCAUUGCAUUGGGAAACCAAGCCACAACUAGGAAAUGGGAGGGACGUUUACCAAGUGCUCCUCGAAGAACAACUCCGAAAUCUGAUAUCGAACCGAUGAAUAAAACAAUAAAAGUGCAAAGUGCUGAAAGCUAAAGUGCUAAGUUAAUAAAUUGAAGUCUACAGUACAGUUUUUAUAACUGUCCCAAGUAACGAAUGGGGUUCGAAAAACCGAAUUGCUAGCUGUAUACGUGUACGGCAAACCCCACGCCAACUAGAUGGAAUAAAGUUAGAUUUGAUCAAAACGACGCCGGCGGAUUCGCAUCCUGGGAAACAUCCUUCUGUUAGGUGGGUACGCCCCCAUGUUUUCCUUUGCCGGUGGCGGUGUGCCGCCGCGCUAAUUAACUCGGUGUGGCUAAGAAAUUUUGGUCAAAUCGUAUCGACGUGUUGUACACUUUAUAUGGUCGGAGACUAAGUUACAUCAUUUUCAACGAAUCUAGUAUACCCUUUUACUCUACGAGUAACGUGCUUAACUACGUGUUGUGACCUUGGACAAAAUGGGUGUUGGUUGAAGUGAUCUGUAAUCCUUGCACUUCAGAUUCUACUUUUUGGUUUUGUUGGUGUCCAGUCCCAUUGAUACUGCUAGAGCAGUAUGUUUUCUUGAUAAAACAGCAUCAUCUGCUAGCAUUGACGUAGCAGGAGGAGGUGUUGAAGGGCAGGGCGGCGCCCUGCUUGAUCAUCGUGUUCAUGCGGCGGACAAGAGACAUGGUGGCGCAGAAGGCCUUCAGGGGGCAACGCAUGACGCUCGACAAGUACUUGGCCGUGCAAUUACGCAGAAUGCCGUUUGCCUUUUAAGUUGCAUAUUGUUCGGCGAUCUGAGGAGGAGUGCGAGCAGUGCGGACUGAAGCAGAGCGGAUUGGACCGAACUGGACUGGAGUGGAGUGGAGUGGAGUGGCGUAGAGCUGAGAAGCGGAAAGGCGGAAAAGCGCGGAAAAGCGGAAAAACGACGAACGUUAAGCAGGCGAGGUGAGGUGGAGAAGAAGUGCCACUGACAGUGGCAGUAAGUUACGGGCCAAGUUUCGCCGGAGUCGCCUUGUCGCUGGCGCAACUGGCAUAACUCAGAGCUGAUGAAAUAUGGAGCUGCUGCAGGCCCUUUGCUGUACGCUGCUCCUGCUUUUGGCCCGGAUGCAAGUUCUGAUUGCUGUCAGCUGGGAGGAUUGGUGGACAUACGAUGGCAUCUCAGGACCUGCCUUUUGGGGCCUCAUCAAUCCGGAGUGGUCGCUCUGCAACAAGGGUCGUCGCCAGUCGCCGGUCAAUCUGGAGCCCCAACGUCUGCUAUUUGAUCCCAACCUGAGGCCCAUGCACAUAGACAAGCACAGGAUAUCCGGACUGAUCACUAAUACGGGACACAGCGUCAUCUUCACGGCCGGCAAUGAUACGGUGGCCAACUACGACGGUAUGCAGACGCCGGUGAAUAUCUCGGGCGGACCGCUGUCGUACCGCUACCGCUUCCACGAGAUCCACAUGCACUACGGAUUGAACGACCAAUUCGGAUCGGAGCACAGUGUCGAGGGCUACACGUUCCCGGCGGAGAUACAAAUAUUCGGCUACAAUUCCCAGCUGUAUGCAAAUUUCUCAGAUGCCCUCAAUCGCGCCCAGGGCAUCGUGGGCGUCUCCAUUCUGCUGCAACUUGGAGAUCUCUCGAAUGCGGAGCUGCGCAUGCUCACCGAUCAGCUGGAGCGCAUUCGCUAUGGCGGCGAUGAGGCAUUUGUAAAGCGUCUCUCCAUCCGCGGACUGCUCCCGGACACGGAUCACUAUAUGACCUACGAUGGAUCCACAACGGCACCUGCCUGCCACGAAACAGUCACCUGGGUGGUGCUCAACAAGCCCAUCUACAUCACAAAGCAACAGUUGCACGCCCUGCGUCGCCUGAUGCAGGGCAGCCCAGACCACCCGAAAGCGCCCCUGGGCAACAAUUACCGGCCACCCCAGCCGCUCCUGCACCGGCCUAUUCGCACAAAUAUUGAUUUCAAGGCGACGAAGUCGAACGGCAAGGCCGCCUGCCCCACCAUGUACCGCGAGGUCUACUAUAAAGCGACCAGUUGGAAACAGAACUAGAAGUCAGCGACGUGAUGGCGUAACGUAACGUAUCGUAAGCGUAAGCGUAUGACGUAAGUAGCGAGCGGCGUGCAACAGGAGCUUCCACUAAACAUACAUAUAAACAAGGCGAUGCCGAGGGAAAAGGACACGGACCGGAAGGAUUCAGAUGGAAGAGGGAAGGGACAAGGACUGGGGUAGAGGAUCACAAAGGAAUCAGUGCAGCAGAGGUCAAAAAAAA